GGCAUUUCGCCGCAAACAGCAUUAUUAUGUACCCAAACAUCGUUUGCAAUAGACCAUGUACUCGAGUUCAUGUUAUUAGGUCUAAUUAUUACGAUGAUGAAUAUGAUACUGAUAAAUCAUACACAUCAUCAAAACAUUCUGAAUCUUUUAGGGACAUUAGGUGCCAAUCUAGUCAGACUGAUUUGAUACUUAUAGAUAAAUCAGCACCCUCUCUCUACAGUUGGCAACGCAGCUCAAGUUGUAAAGAUUUUAAUUUACCCAAAGUUUGUCCUGAGGUCUCAUCUCCUGCUAAUAUUGAUGAAAUUAAUUUAUCUUUUGAUAGAAAUAGUUCAUUAGAUAAUCCAAUUACUAAAAUAUUUUCUAGUAGUUACCCAGGUACUACUUCUAGUUUAUCUACUGAAAGUGGUAGUGAUCGUAAAAUAGAAAAAUUGGGUAUUAUAGUAAAGGCUAUUGAUCCAGAUGACUUAUACCAAGAUGAUGUCAGUCAAGAUUCAUACGAAUUGUUAGAAAAAGAGGAAGUAUUUGAUAUCCAUGUAAGUGAUGAAGAUGAAAUUUUCUAUGUUGAUAGUGAUAACAGAGAGCACUCUCAAGAGAUAGAAAAGCGGCUGGGUUACAUGGAACCUAAAUAUAGAGAUAUCGAGUUUAAUAAGUUUAAUGAAAUCUGUAAAAAAGAAUUGGCUUCUAGAAGUAAAGAGCAAAUAUUUUCCAACCAUACAAUUCAAUUCAUAGCUUUUGAAAACAAAUCUCAAACAGCUGCUCACCUUCCAGUGGAAAGAACAAAAAGUGAUUCUUAUAUGAGUGUAUCUAAGCCUAAAUCACACAAGUUACUUCACCAGAAGUCUAUAGAUUUGACACCAAUAGAGUCUUUUGAACCUAUUGUCUCUAACUUUGGUAUGGAUAUAUCCUACACAUUACAUAAAAGACACACUCAUGAAAAAGGCUCUCCUGAAAGAGAUAGUGUUGCUAAGUGGUCAGGAAAUCAUUUUUCUCAGGAUUCUGGUUUGUCAUUAUCUAUGCAAUCUACAAGUAAUUUAAGUGUUGAGGAUGAUAGUCCAAUUGAUCUUGAUACUCUUCUAUUAAACAAGUAUCAUGAUACUGUAGUUACCACCUCAAAAAGUUCAGAAUUAAUUCAAAUGGCUUACAAAUCCGUAUCACUCAAUGAAUCUGAAGUAAGUAGUGAUAGAAAUCUUACAGAUGAUAAGCCAAACAAAUUAAAGUCUUGUCAUAGUGCUGAGAGUAUGUCACUAAAAAGUAACAAUAAACAAAUUCAUUAUCAACCUUUAAGUGCAGAUACUGCAAAUCACAGGAAGUCAGUUGAAGUUAUCAAAAUCAAUUCAACCGAAAAUAUUGAUUCUAAACCUGAAGACAUAAUAAUUGUGGAAUAUAGGGGUGGUAACAAAGGAAAGAAGCUAGCUAAAGAUGAAUUAAGAUUUAAUAGGGAUUCUAAGAGUUCUAGUUAUGGUGGGAAAAUUGUAGAAAAAAAUAUUUCAAAGUCUCCCUCUAAUAUAUUUAGAACAUCUGCCAUAACAUUAAAAACCACUUCAGUUCUAGUAUCUAAUAAUAAUAAGGUUCACAUUGUACCUAAUGUGAAUAUUGUAGAAGAGUCAUCAAACAAUAGGUCACCAAUAGAUUAUAACUCUCUUCCUGACAUAGUUUUCAAUUCUGUACAAUGUUCUUCUGUAUCUGAAAAAGCAGACAAGAAUAUUAUUGAACUAAUAGGGUCUAAAAAUAAUAUUUUAUCUAAAAAAGAUGAGGAGCAAGUUGUUCCAAAUGAGGUAAUGAAUACCAAUGAAAUACAUAGUAUGUCCACUUUAAAAUUGAAAAAUGCAUUGUCCAAUUUGGUUUCAGGAACUAAUAAUCCAAAUUAUUCAGAACAAAAUAUUUCUGAGUCCAAAACUGCUAAAAUAAACCGAUUUCAGACCUUGGCAUCAAAAAUUUCAGCAUUUGAUGUUUUUGCUAAUACUGUUAAAAUUACUGAAAAAUCUAGUGCAGAGUUACCUAGAAAAAAUGUCCCUAAUAAAAUGUUACAGAAUCGUGAAAAGUCACCUGUACUUUACGCACGACUAGGUUUAUCUGAUGGUUCUAUGUUUCCUACUGUUAGUGGGGUACAGUUGUCAGUACAGCGUCGCGCCAUAUCACUUGACUCUCCUGUUGUAUCAUUACAUCAUCUACCAUUGGCUACAUCGUUCUCAAGUAAAGAUGAUACUGUUGCAGAUAUAGAAGAUAGUGCUAAAUUAGAAAUUAAGCCAAUUAUAUGGUGGAAUGAUAAUGAAGUGGAUCAAAUGAUAGUUGAGUGUAUAGCUGAAAUAGUAGAAAUUACUGUGGCUAAUCAAGUAGAACAGAAAAGAGAUAGUGGUAGCUCAUUAUCACCUGAUAAGACGUCUGAAAGACGACGAUCUAGCACACGACAAGAGCGCUUAGAUUCAUUUAAGAAAUUAAAAAAUUUUGAAAUUGAAAUUUGGGAUUCAGAUGAAUUAAAUGCUGCUGCUUUAAUAGAUUAUGAGCAUAAAGAUUUUGAAGAUGAAACAUUUGACAUACCUAUUGAAGUUACACCUAUAGAAUGCUCAAAAUUAGUUAAAAUAUCUGAUACAAUGAUUGCAUCUCCUGAUAAUAAUUCGGUAUCUUUAGACGAAUCUGGCAAUGGUAGUAGUGAAGAGAUACCUUUCAAAGAGUUAAACUCUCAGAGUUCAGAUGACACAAAAAAAACAGCUCGAAAGAAUAGUGAGCACAAUACUUUUUCAGAUCUAAUUAAAGCUGUAGAAAAAAACAAUCUUGAUGAUAAAUUAAAUGAACCACUAACUCCAGGAAGUGAAAGUAAAGUUGAAGUUGAUCAGAAAGUCCAAAAUCAAAAGAACUAUCAAUCUUUUUUGUCUACUGAAGAUAUUAUAAAUCACAGUGAGCUCAUUAAUAAAUUAGGCUGUAUCGAAAUUCCUCCUAAGCUGGAAUCAAAGCGUCAUAGACUAUCUGUUGAGAGUUCUGGAAGUUCAAGUUUAGAUGAUCCACUUCAUAUAGAUGAUUUAAGUGGUAAUAUAGCUGAUGAAGAAGAUGUUACAUCCAGCCCUUUGCCUCCUUUACCUGACUCAACCUAUAGUGGUGGUAUGUACCUCAUUGGAUAUGGAAUGUACGGUAUGUCAAGAACCUUAUCAAGGAUCAGUGAGCAAAGCACAUCAGAACGUUCUGAAAUUGAUGAUGAAUUAUCAACUAAACACUCAACUCAAUCAGCAUCUCUUGACGAUUCAAUUUUAUCUAGUGACUACUGUCAACCUAGUUUAUGUUCUGAUGCUAUGGAUAGUCUACCUGAUUUACCUCCAUUGCCUGAAGAAUAUGCAUUCGAUAUACCACCCCCCGCUGUUGAUGACGUAGAAUGGCCAUCUCCUAAGAGUGAAGAAAAAACUCCAAUUCCACAGCAGCAACAAAGAAAUUUAGAGGAAGAUGAAGAUGAUGCUAAAACUAUUCACAGUGAUGAUGAACCUGAUAAAGAAAUAGAUGUUACAAAAGAAAAAUCUAAAGAAGUGGAAGCAUUGUAUAGAUCUCAUUAUACAAAUAAACCUAGGUUAUCACUUGGUGAUGAUACGUCAGCUGGAGUGUCCACCUCAGAAUUUUCUAGCAAUGCCACUAUAGUAUGUCCAUUUGAUAGUGUGUGUCCCCCAUCAGAUUAUUUGAUAAGAGAAGAUUAUUCAGAUGAGUAUGAUUCACCAUUUACUGAGGAAUCUGAUGAGUCCAAAUUUUAUCGACCACCUGCUCAUUUGUUUGAACUUCCCAAGACUACUAAUAUUCGUAUCAAAGGACGUUUAUCACAUGGGCCAGCAUCACUAGAUGUUACUACUAAUACAUCAAAAUUUAAAGGAUCUACUAAAACUCGUUGUCACUCUUAUUUUUCUCUAGCCCGGAGUCCACCAAGUGAUGCAUCCUCAUCAUCACUUGAUGCUCAAGAUCCUUUAAAUGUACCUAAUACUAUUCCUAGAGCUUCCAAGAAAAGACGGUACACACAUACUCUUAGAAGAAAAAUCAAAGCUAUACAAAUUACUAAAGUUUAAAAUGUUAGAGAGAGAGGUGGUAAAUACAAAAAGUAUUUAUUUAACUAUAAAAAGCAAUUUUUCAAUUUGUCUUAUUUGUUAUAAGUAUUAAAUUUUGUAAAGUUUACCAAAUUUGUGUUUUGAAUAAUUGCUGUGCAAAAUGUGAAGGCAGUUUAGUGAUUAUGAUGUAAUUUAUUCCCAUAUAAUAUUUUUACUACCCCUCUAAUCCUUAUAAUUAAAUUUAUUCAAAGGAUUUUCAUCAGUUUGAUUCAAGGUUGUGAUAAAAAUACAAUUUUACAUUUGAAUUAAAAUAUUUGUUAAACUAUAUUUUUAAAACAGGGUUGUCACUUAAUGGAAACCUUUAUUGUUGAGGUAUAUGUAAACUAAAUAUAGGGUAUAUUGUCUAUUGAAAUUAUUGUCAUUCAUUUUUAUUGAUCAAAAAAGUUAAAAGUAUUAACAUAAUUCAUUUUUUCGUAAUAACCUUCAUUUGAAAAAAUUAAAAACAUAUUUUAUCUUAUAAGUUUUAAAUUUUUAAAAGUCAAUAUUUUUUUUUUAUAUCAUUUGAAAAUACACUUACAGAUAUUUUAAAUAAAUUUACCUUAAUUUUUUUUGUUCUUAUUGUAAUUUUGGAUUUGAAGUAACUAACUAUGAAUUAGCAUGAUUUGCCAACUUAAUAUUGGCUGUAGGUAUAAGUCAGUACAAUUUGUAAAUGGGAAUAAGUAUAGUCUAAAUUGAUUUAUUAUUGAACCUAUAUUAUAUGCACAAUAUUUUAGUGAUCAUUUUGUGAAACAUAAUUGAAUUUUUAAAAAUUCAACUAUAUAAUUUACUAGUAAUUUUUUUCAAAAAAUAAAUUCUUAUUUUUAAUUUUGAUUUAUUUGUAUCUUAAUUCAUUAUGUUUAUUUUUUUGACAGCCAUUAAGUAUUAUCAUGUCCAAUUUAAUAAUGUUUUGUCGUUUAAAUUAUACAUAUUAACUUCGUUAAGAAUUUUAUUUCAAUAUUUAUAUUAAAAAAUAAUUGAGGAAAUUAAAAGAAAAACUAUUAGAUAAAAAAUUGUGACAACCCUGUAAUAGUUCAUAUAGAUAUUCACAAUAUGUUAAAUUUUUAAAAUUAAUUAGAAAGUACAGUUAGUUAUGAAAUAACUUGUGUAAUGUAUUAUUGAUUUAUGUAAGGUAUCAAAAUUAGUAGAAUAUUUUUAUUUAUGCAGUUAUUGUAUUUAUUUGAUGAGAGUUUAAAUCUUUGAUAUUCCAUGAAAAUCAUGUAAAAUUAUAUGCAUUUUCAUUUAUGAGUAUUACUUAAAACAUGUACUUAAUUUUAUGUUGCCAUGAAAAUAACAAUUAAGCUAUCAUGAUAUAAAUAUAAAUUUAAUAAAUAGGUAGAAAUAGACUGAUAAUAUAUACAUUAAAUAUUAGUAACAAUUUUUUCUAUGAUGUUGAUCAUGAGCAAACUUAAAUUUUUUCAGUAUUAACUGUUUUAUGAAUACUAAGGUUAGUUAAUCCAAAAGCUUAAAUUUAGUUUUCUUUUCAAUUUUACUACAGCAAUCAUACCUUUACAAUUUAUCUAAGUCAUUAGAAGAGUAAUAAUAUUGUCUUCCUUUUGUACAUUAUGAUUAUUAUUAUUUUAAAAUUUACAUCAUCGGUUCAAUGCAAUUUUGCAAUAAUAUUGAUUAAUAAAGUAUACUAAUGACUGUGGUGUAAUAUAAGUUAAAAACACUAAUUAUUAACAAUUUAAGAAUAAAAGUAAUUAAUAAUAAACUUAAGUGCCACAAAAAUUAUAAUAGAAAAAUUUCUUACACAUAUUUAAAAUAAAUUUACCUUCAGCAAAUACUGUAUGCUCAAUAUAUAUUGACUAUGCUAGUAUAAUACAUAAGUAUUUUUUUUGUGGCUUUAAGUUUUAUUACUAACAUUUCUUGUUUUCAAUUGAUAUUAAUAUAUAUAUAAUUUUCAAUUAAGUUUCAAGUUUAGAGUAUGAUGAUUAAUUUUAUUUUGACCAGAAAAAUAUUUUAUUGAUAGUAUUGUUGUUCAUACUAAGUAUGUUUUGUUAAUAAUUUAAAAUAAUGUUUAGUUUGGUGAAUUAUUUAACAAUUAUUGUAGGUGAUUUUUUUAUUUCUUCAAACUUUGUUGGAUUUAUAAAUUGUGUAUAGUAUAAUACAAAUGUUUAUUUCAAUGAAACCACUAUUAAAUUGAUUCUUAUACGGAUUUUUUUAAUUGAAUAUCAAUAGAUCUCUUUGUGAAUUUUUAAAUAAAAUGUCUAUUGUAUUAUUAUAUUUUGACAGUUAUUUUGUAAAUAAAAAAAUUAAUUUUAUGAAGAAAUAAAUGAUGAUAAAUAUUUAAUAUCUGCAUUAGUGAUUUUACUCUAAUGAUAUAAAUUUUAAAUAUAUUUAGUCAAGUCUGUUUUAUUACAUACCAUUGGAAAGUCUGUAAGUUAAAUAUUUUAAUAAAAUAUUUCAAGAGCCUAAAUCUAGUACCAUUCCACUAUUUUUUAUUCUAGUUGUAGUGAAUUCAUUAAAAAGAUGAGCUUUACAUUGGUUUUAUUUUAUCUGUCAUGGUCAUUGUUAUAUUUUUAUUUUGAUAUGAUUAUAUUAUUAAUUUUAUUUUUUAAUUGCUAUUACAAAUUGAAUAUAGUUUUAGUUAAUUCUAUUUACACAACUCACUAAUUUAAUUCAUAAUUUUUAAGCAUGCUUUUGUUUUAAAUUUAAUUUAGUAAAUUCUAGUUAAAUA